AUGGAUUGGGAUCACGGCGAUUACAUCAUGAGAGGUGGCCCGGUGAAAAGCUAUUCAGUGGGGGCAACUCCGGAAUGGUCAAUUGGCUACCCACAAGCUGUUUUCUUUUAUCCAGAAGAGCAGGCUUCCGUAAAGUUGGAUAUAUCCACAGUGACCAUUAGCAUGGCAUAUAGGAACGAUAUGGAAAGACUGCAUUUUCGUAUUGUUUUUGAUUCAUGA